AUGUAUUUUGAUACUAUACUAGAUAUUGAUAAAAUCUGGAUUUCAAAAUUACGGAGUAGUGUGGAAUAUAGGCAAGGACUGAACCAUUUUUUAGACUUUGCGUUUGCGAAUGCAUCCUCUGAUGGCAUGAUAAAGUGUCCAUGUCCUAAAUGCGGGUUUCAACUUAUGCAAACAAGAGAGGAUGCGUACGACCAUCUGUUGUUACGACCAUUUCCCGCUGGAUAUACUAUUUGGGUGCGUCAUGGUGAGAAGCCGGUUGAAGAGAGGCCGGGAUUGGGACGAGUAGAUGACAAUCUGAUAUCUCAAGUGAAUCAGAUGCACCAAAUGGUGAACGAGGCAUUCAAUUUCCCGAUCCAACAUGGGAGUGAGGACAUCACAACAAUCGAACAUGCAGAAGAUAAUGAAGACGUGUUACCGAGCCUGUAUGAAGGUCCAAGUCGCGCGGCGCGGGAUUUUAACGAUUUACUGUCAGAUGGAGAACAAGAGUUAUAUCCCGGAUGCUCAAAGUACUCCAAAUUGUCAUUUUUAGUGAAGCUUUAUCAUAUCAAGUGUAUGUGUGGUGUGAGUGACAAGGCAAUGACAAUGAUUCUUGACUUACUGCGGGACGCAUUCGAACAAGCAAAACUUCCAAAGACGGUGUAUGAAGCCAGGAAGACAAUAAGAAAGCUGGGUAUUGAAUACGCUAAGAUAGAUGCUUGUCCAAAUGAUUGUAUGUUGUACCGAGGUGAUGAUGCGAACCUCACUAGGUGCAAGAAAUGUGGGUGUUCAAGAUGGAAGCAGAAGACUAAAAAGGGUUCUAUUCUUAGGCUCAACGUACCAGUGAAGAGAAAUGGAAAACUUAUAGCAGCCAAGACCCUUCGUUACUUUCCCCUCAUACCACGACUGCAACGGUUAUUCAUGUGCAGCAAGACAUCGAGUGAUAUGUUAUGGCAUAAACAAGCGUCGAAUAACGAUGGUUUUCUUAGGCAUCCAAGGGACGCUGAAGCAUGGAAAAAAUUUGAUGCAAAGUAUACUAAUUUUUCAGCGGAUCCGCGCAAUGUUCGCCUGGCCUUGGCGAGCGAUGGGUUUAAUCCCUUUGGGAAUAUGAGCACAAAGUACUCCAUCUGGCCUGUGAUUCUUAUUCCGUACAAUCUACCACCUUGGAUUUGCAUGAAGCAGACAUCUUUCAUUCUAUCCACGCUUAUUCCUGGGCCGAAAAUGCCGGGUAACGACAUAGAUGUUUAUUUGCAGCCUUUGAUAGAUGAGUUGAAGCAAUUAUGGGAUGGCAUUGAAACCUAUGAUGCCAAAGAGGGAAACACUUUCAAGAUGUGUGCGGCACUAAUGUGGACUAUCAGCGACUUUCCAGGAUUGGGAAACCUAUCCGGCUGGAAUACGCAUAGUGGGUUAGCCUGUCCGACGUGUAACUUAGAUGCUAAGCCACAUCGGCUGAAAGACAGUCAAAAAUGGUGUUUCAUGGGCCAUCGACGCUUUUUAAACCAGGGACACAAAUACAGACUAGACCGGAAUAGAUUUGAUGGCAGGUCGAAGGAUGCGGAUGAAGAUGAUUCACAUUGGAAGAAGAAGAGUGUUUUCUUUGACCUCCCGUACUGGGAGGAUCAGAUGUUGCGUCAUAACCUCGAUGUGAUGCAUAUAGAGAAAAACGUGUGUGACAAUGUGGUCUUCACUAUCUUAAACGAUAGCAGCAAAUCAAAGGACAAUCUAAAAGCUCGCAGAGAUUUACAAUGCAUGGGUAUAAGGCCUGAAUUAUGGCCGGGGGAAGGUGGUAAAUAUCCUUCUGCAAUAUUUGCGAUGUCAAAUUCACAGAGGGAUGUUUUCCUGAAGACUUUGCAGAAUGUGAUAUUUCCAGAUGGUUACUCUAGCAACGUUGCUCGUUGUGUUGAUUUGCGACAGCGCAAGUUAUUUGGGUUGAAAAGUCAUGACUGUCAUAUUCUGAUGGAACAAUUACUCCCAAUUUUGGUGAAGUUUUCUCUUCCGAGUCCGGUGUCCAAUGUGAUUGCAAAUUUGUCGUCAUUUUUCCGAGAACUUUGUGGGAAAGCCAUAAACCCUAUGCAGCUUGCUGAGCUUCAAAAUCAUAUUGUGCAAACCUUGUGUCAGAUGGAGAUGAUUUUUCCUCCAUCCUUCUUCACCGUCAUGGUUCACCUCACCGUGCAUCUCGUUGAUGAGGUUACUCUUGGUGGACCCGUACAAUAUAGGUGGAUGUAUCCAAUAGAAAGGUAUUUAGGACGUCUGAAGCAAUAUGUUCGUAAUAGAGCACAACUGGAAGGCUCAAUUGCAGAAGGAUAUUUAUCUGAGGAAAUCCUGACUUUCUGUUCUAGGUAUUUGGAUAAUAUUGAGACUAGAAUUAACCGACCCGGGCGAGUUGACGAUGAGCCUGUUGACGUUCCUCACAAUUCAGAGGAGAGUAUCUUCCCAGCUAUUGGCAAGGCAUUAGGGGCAGUUUCGCAUUUCGAACUCACUCCAAUGUAA